ACGAAUGGUUAACAGCGAUAAAAAAAUGUCAAUUUUUAUCUGAAACGGACAUGAAAAAACUUUGUGAAAUGGUUAAAGAUCUACUAAUGGAGGAGUCCAAUAUACAGCCUGUUCACACUCCUGUUACAGUUUGUGGUGAUAUUCAUGGUCAAUUUUAUGAUCUGUUGGAAUUAUUCCAUGUUGGUGGAGAGAUUCCUGAAACCCAUUAUAUAUUUAUGAGGUUAUUACAGUUUAGAAACAUUCACUCUAUUGAUGGUUUUGAAAGCAAGGCAAGGGAGAAUGAAUAUUCAACGGAGUUCAUAAGUUUAAUCUUUAAUUCAUGUAAUCAUGAGAGUAGGCAGAUCACACAGGUGUACGGUUUUUAUGAUGAAUGCCAAACAAAAUAUGGAAAUCCAAACGUUUGGAAGUAUUGUUGUCAAGUGUUUGAUUAUUUGACUUUAGCUGCUAUUGUUGACGGACGUAUUUUAUGUGUUCAUGGGGGCUUAUCACCAGAAGUUAGAACAUUAGAUCAGAUAAGAACAAUACCUAGAGCCCAAGAGAUUCCACACGAAGAUUUAAUGUGGUCUGAUCCUGAAGACAUUGAUACGUGGGCUGUUAGUCCACGAGGUGCUGGCUGGUUGUUUGGUGCAAAAGUGACAAAUGAGUUUAAUCAGGUUAACGAUUUAAACCUAAUAGCUCGGGCACAUCAACUAGUACAGGAGGGUUAUAAAUAUAUGUUUCCUGAUGAUAAUCUAGUUACUGUAUGGUCUGCACCAAACUACUGUUACCGUUGUGGUAAUGUAGCAUCUAUAAUGGCGAUUAAUGAAAAUUUGCAAAUCGAUGAAAGCAGUUUUAAAAUUUUUAAUGCUGUUCCUGAUCAAGAAAGGUCAAUCCCACAAAGAGCUGGUGUGGGUCAAUAUUUUCUUUGA